UUUAACAUAGAUCAUUCCUUUUUACAGAACACAAAAUAAUGAAUGAGACAAAUGACCUGGUGUAUGCUCCCACGAGCGGGAUUUCUAGUACCAUCCAGUUCAUCUCGACAUUUCCUAUCGUUCUAUCUAUAUUCAUUAUCGCUGGAAAUAGUAUGGUUAUUGGUGCCUGCAAUCACUUCUCCAAUAAGAAAAGCAAUACACUCGCCUUUAUUCUUCAUCUAUCCAUCGCAGACGUGGCGACAGGGAUUGGAAUGGUCUUCAAUGUGAUCAUGAGAAUCCAUGGCAACAUAUUGUUUUACAAAAUUCCAUGUCUACUCUCCUUUGAAAUUUUCUUCACAAUGGCCUUAAUAUCCGUGAACCUGCUGGCUUGCACGACAUUUGACCGUUUUCUUUCCAUCUGUAAGCGUGAAAAACACCAGGCGUGGAAUACUGGCAAAUCGGUGAAAGCUCAGAUUUGCUGCUCCUACUUCCUUGGAGUCAUAAUUGGCCUCUUGCCAUUUUUAGGGUUUAACCAAUGGAAAAGCGGAAUGAAAUGCAAUUUUAAGGACCUAUACCCCCCAGAAUUGUAUCUGGUAAAGUCCUCCUUUAUGUUUCUUGGAUUUGGAGCCAGUUUUUUCCUUUACAUCUUCAUUUUACGAAAAGCCUGGCAGGUACAAAGCGGAAGACAUUUUCAAGUUUCACGGACUGCCGCCAUGAGGCAAAGAAAUGGAUUCCUUCUUGCUAAAUUGGUCGGCAUUGUUACUAUAUUGAAUACCAUUUGUUGGAUGCCUUAUUCCUUAGUUACGUUCAUGUUUGGGAUAACUUAUCAGGCCGUCAGUGCCAAGUAUCUGGACUUUGCUUUCUUGCUUCUAGGGUUUACGAACUCUUUGAUCAACCCUGUGAUUUAUGCAUGGAACAGGCAAGACUUCCGUGCAGUUUGGCGAAAAUGGUUCCGUUGCAGAACGGAGGUAAAGAACGUUAACUCACAUCCACGUCGUGCGAUAUUUGUGACAAGUGCUGUUUCUACGGAAAAUAACACUCAGCAAAAACAACUGACAUCUACUAACCAAUGAAAUACCUUGCCGUUUACAUUGUUGAAAUACUGAUAUCAUGA